AUGGCCACACAACGAGGAGCUCUUGUUAGCUUACUGAUCUUCUUCCAGUUAUUUUACGCAUCUUACGCUUCCGUAUCUCAGUGUCUGGUGUGUGGUUCAAAUCAAGAAGGGUGUGUCGAAGGUUCACUGCAGUACAUUGCAAACUGUAGCGAUGGAAGUGAUGCCUGCUUUACAAGUGUGACCGAUGGUGUGCUAUUGCGUGGGUGCUUAUCACAUUCGAAUUGCACAAAAGAGGAAGGCCACGCGUGUAUAAGCUGUUCGGAAAAUGGAUGCAACAAUGUGUCCUGGCUUCGAUGUGCACACUGUAACAAUGCUGGACCAGAGAGUUGCACCGUUACACAGCUUGUUAGCUUUUGUGCUCAGUAUCGAUCCACCGAUCGAUGCUAUGAGAUAGUUGAGAGUGUUGAAAGUACCGUACUGAAGCCUAUUGCAAAGGGUUGUGAGUCUUCGCUGGUGCUUGCGGGAAAACAGUGUGAUGAACAAAACCGAUGCAUUUUAGGAAGAAAUAGUACUAACUGCAAUGUUCAAACUGCCUUGAAGCAACCAGCUCAGUGCCUAGUGUGCUCUUCGGAAGAUGAUUCUAAUGAUGAGUGUGUUAAAGGUACGAUUCCUGCUCAGAAUUGUGCACAGGAAAAUGAUGUUUGCUUUUCACGAUUAGAAGGAAACGUUCUGGAGAGAAACUGUCUAUCAACACUUCCUACUCCAGAGCAGGAUGUAUGUACCGGUGAAGAUUCAACUUGCAUCACCUGCAACGAUCCUGGCUGUAAUACCGAUCAUUUGCUUAAGUGCAUUCAAUGCAAAAAGUCAGAUAAUAUAGAGUGUAUUGACUUGGUGAUCAGUAGCACACUGGACCCAACAUUCUGUUCCAACUUCUUGCCCAACGCUCGUUGCUUUUCGAGAAUUCUCGAAAAUGAUCUUGAGCGAGGCUGCAGCUCAGAGUCAGCCGCUAUAUGUGACGGAAAUAAUCGUUGUCUUUCGUGCGAAUCGGAUGGAUGUAACGUGGAGUCAGAAACGUAUCUGAAUGAUGUAGCUAAAUGCUUUCGCUGCUCAUCGAACAAUGGAGAUAAUACGGUUUGUGAUGAAGUUCAUCUCGGAGCCGAGGAAUGUGAUCAGCUAGAAGAUAGUUGUUUUUCUAGGGUAGAAGGUGACAUAUUGGAGCGGAACUGUCUGUUAACUCUUGCAGAGGAUGAUCAGCAAAAGUGUCGCAACGUGGAGGAUACGUCAUGCUAUAGUUGUACUGGUCAUGGAUGCAAUCAGUAUCCAAGGAUUAAGUGUUAUCGCUGCUCAAGCCUUCUUGAUCCUCGCUGCACUAAUCCAGAAGAAACUGAUCUUGAGCAUACAUUUUGCGAUAGUUUCCUGCCAGAUGAUCGAUGUUAUGCUAGGAUAGUGGAUGACAAUGUCCAACGAGGUUGUGAGGUUGAUUUGGCCAACAACGGAGAAGAUGUGUGUGCAGGAAAUCCGAUGUGUAUCGCUUGCCACACAAGUGGCUGCAAUGGUGUGGACGAGAAUGAGUUGCGAAACAUGGCCAUGUGCAUAAGUUGCAGUACGGAGAGGGAUGGAGAGGAGUGCGACAAAGCCACGAUGAAUGCGCAAGAAUGUGAUGACUUUGAGGAUGUUUGCUAUACGAGAGUAGUAGGUGAAAACCUUCAAAGAGGAUGCUUACAGAUGCUGGAAGAAAGUGAGCAAGUCAUCUGCCGUGAUACAUCUGAUCCUUCCUGUGUUACAUGUCAAUCUCCUUCCUGCAAUAAUCAGCUAUGGUUAAAGUGUUUAAAAUGCAAAAAAUCAGAGUCUGCUGACUGUGUUGAUCCUCCAGCGGCUUCUCUGAAUGAUUUUGCCUCAUUCUGUUCUAAGUUUGAAGAGCAAGGCUCUUGUUACGCCAGGAUCACUAAUGAUGAUUUUGAAAGGGGUUGUUCCGUGGAGUUGGCGAAUCCGGCAGAUGUUUGCACCGGUAAUGUAGCUUGUGAAACAUGCACAACGGAAAAUUGUAACGUACAAACGGAAGACUCUCUAAAGAGCACCAGUAGAUGCGUUCAAUGUACUUCGAUGGAUGAGAAUUACGAUUGUAAUGAGCAGUUUCCUGAGGCAACACUAUGUCCAGAAAAGAUCGAUAAAUGUUUCACGCGUAUAUUUGAUGGCAUACUAACAAGAAGCUGUUUAUCGUUGCUUGAAGACACCGAACAGCAAAAAUGCCUCAAUCCAAACGAUCGCUCUUGCAUCGUAUGUGAAGAACCUGGAUGCAAUCGAAACCAUUGGGCAAAGUGCCAUCAGUGCGAUCAAUCCAUCUCGAACGAUUGUGUUAGCGAACAGCCUGAAAGUGAUGCAGAAUUCUGCAAAUCUUACAGCACCGACGAGAAGUGCUUUACAAAGAUUGAUCAAAAUAAACAGCUUGCACGUGGAUGUCUUUCGGAUGUUGGGACAGAGGAAGAGCUUUGCGGUGAUGCAGCAACUUGUGUCACCUGCGCUGGCGAUUCCUGCAAUAAGCUGCCCGAAACGUCGUUCGUGUACAGAAAGUGUCAACAGUGUACAUCAGCCGAUGUGAAGUGUUUGUUGGGAACGAUCGAGAGCCAACCAUGUCCUGUACAAGAUGAUCUUUGCUAUACUACCGUAAACAGUGUUAAUCUUCUCGAGCGAGGGUGUCUAUCGAUGUUGAGUGUUGAAAUGCAGGCAAGCUGUAAGAACGAAACAGAUCCUUCGUGCAUCGUGUGCUCUGAAGAUGGAUGUAACGAACUUCGAUGGCCAAAGUGUUACCGGUGUCAAAGCUCACCUUCGGAUGAAAGCUGUGAUCGCCAACUUGUGCCAGAUUUGGUGAAAUUUUGUUCUUCCUACCAUGAGAGUACCUUAUGCUAUGCAGCAGUUCAAGAUGGAUUUGUUACAAGAGAUUGUACGAUCGAGCAGGUAAACAUUUGUGAUGGCAAUAACCGGUGUGUGGCAUGCAGUGAAGAAGGAUGUAAUGAUCUUCCAAAACAUGAACUGGAUGUUGUUCAUACCUGUUAUCACUGCCGCUCGGACGUUGAUGACUGUGAUAAUCUUAUCGCAGAUCAUGUCCAGGAAUGCAGAGAUCGUACCGAUCGAUGCUUUACAAGGGUUGAUACUGAUCUGAACCUUCAUCGUGGCUGUGUGUCAGAUAUUGAACCAGGUGACUGUGACAACAGUGAGCGUUGUUUGAUUUGCAGCGAUAAUGAUUGCAAUAAUGACCCUUGGGCAAGCUGCUUCCAGUGCAGCAACGCGACUAGUGAGGAGUGUUCCAGCAAACAAACGACUAGAGACAAUCUCAAGUACUGUCAACGGCACGGGACGCGUGGCGAAUGUUACGCCAUGCUCAAUCAAAUGGAAUUUAUACGAGGCUGCACGCCCGACCUUGACGCUGCCAUGUGUGAUUAUCCAAACGAAUGCAUUCAGUGUGAGGGGGAUGGAUGCAAUCAAGGUUCUUCGAAAAGUUACUUUAACCCAGCGCACUGCAUGCAAUGUCACUCGGAUAUUCACAUCGGAUGUACAAAUGGGACAGCGUCGCCGGCACCCUGCGACGAUCCGGACGAUGUAUGCUUCUAUCGACGAGCCUCAUCGAAAGCCAUUCAUCGUGGAUGUUUGUCAGAGCUGACAGCAACCAAUCAAAUGCUUUGCCAGAGUUCGGCCAGUCUAACCUGCCAUACGUGCGAUGGGAAUGGAUGCAACACACCAACAUGGCGAAGCUGCUAUACGUGCAGCAGUGUCGUGGAAGAUUCUUGCAAAGCUAAGCAAACUGAUGACAUAUUCCUAGAUUUCUGUGUUAAAAUCGACGACGAUUGCUUCGAGGACAACAACGAUGGGGAUGUAAAUCGAGGAUGUGGAAGACACUAUUGUGCACAUAAGCAGACCUGCGUCGAAUGCGCCUCGGAUGGAUGCAAUUCACAGCCGGAAGCUGAUCUACGACCAUCGCAUUGUUUGGUUUGUGAUUCAACUGAUCCUUACUGUGCGAAUGGGACAAGUACUGAUCAGUUCUGUGAGCAUCUCAACGAACCGUGCUUCACGAUGGUUGGCAAUGAUGACAUUCUUGUGCGUGGCUGCUUUGCAACGCUCGAGGAUCCUUACAAAAGGAUUUGCUUGAACGAAUCGGACAGCAGCUGCAUAGUGUGCAACGGGAACUCAUGCAAUCGUGAGCCCUGGCGACAGUGUGUACAGUGUCGAUCGUUGGAGCUCGAUCACUACUGUUCCCGGGCGACGAGCGUGUUGAAAUCACACUUUUGUCCACGAUUUCGACGAAAUGAUCUCUGUUACGCGAAGGAUGUAAAUGGAAUAGUAAUGCGGGGUUGUCAAUCAGACUACAUCGCGAUGGAGAAUCCCUGCAAAGGAUUAGAUAGUAAGGACUGUUAUAUAUGCAGCACUGAUCAUUGCAAUCUGAAGUCACUAAACGGUGUUAAUCAUGUUAAAUCGCCAGCGAUUUUAAUGUUUGUUGUUCUAGCGAUCGUCCAUGGAUUCCUCAUUUUGCUCUAA